UGCCCAGUAUGUUGUGAAGGCUGCUGGUUUCUUCAACAGUAGAGAGGGCUGGAACCCACUUGAAAGAUGUUGCAGAUAGGAUCAUCAUCUCUGCCCUUUCUGCUGAUGCCCUCAUGGUUGUGAUGGGUGUGGACCAUGAGAAGUAUGAAAAUUCAAUCAAGAUUGUUAGCAACUCUUUCUGUACCACCAAGUGCCUUGCCGCUCUGGCCAAGGUCAUCCAUGACAACUUUGGUAUUGUGGAAGAACUCAUGACAACAGUCAAUGCCAUGACUUCCAUCCAGAAGAUGGUGAAGCAGGCAACCAAGAACCCACUAAAGGACAUCCCAGGCUAUAAUGAGGACCAGGUUUUUGCCUGCAACUUUAACAGUGAUACUGACUCUUCCAUCUUUGAUACUGGGGCUGGUAGUGCUCUCAAUGUCAACUAUGUAAAGAUCAUUUCUUGGUAUGAUAAUGAAUACAGCUACAGCAGCAGGGCAGUGGACCUCAUGGCCUCCAAGGACCACCUGCCACAGCAAGAACUAACGAACCAGAGAAGUCCUGGAUUAGGAAUAAGUCCCUGUACCAACUCAGCCCUCAACACUGCACUUGUCCCUCAUAGUUUCCAUCUCAAAAUUCCAGAAAAAAGAGAGGGGCUUAGAGAUCCCUUCUUUCUUUAAUAUCAUCAGUAAAGUUCACUACACUCACACACACAAAGAAAAUAGUGUUUGUUACUAUAAUGUAAAUAAUUAUGGAAAGUUGAAUAUGCCUAAUUA